GGCCUUCAACAGCAAAAGUGCCUAAGGGUCAGGACCGUCAUGAUGAAGGUGUGCAGGGCAAGUCCAUUCCCUGGCACCUAUACUUCAGCACCACAAAGAGACCCACCACCCAAACAGCCCCCCUGUACUGCUCCCUGCCCCAAGGCCCAAAUUAAAACCGAAGCCCCACCCCAGUGCUGACAGGGCAGGAGGGGCCACUUCCGGCCUAGCCCCACCCCCUACCCAGGGCACUUUGCUAAGGAUACAGAUGACUGCUCCCUAGUUCAGCCCUCCAAUCCAGGGCCAGCCCCUCUGCCCGCCCCCAGACUGGGUGGGGUGACCCUACAAAAGCUCAGAAUUUCCAGCUGCAGCUUCUUGCUCUCAGAGUCUCUGAUGCAGCUGGAGCCAAAGUUGAGGAACUGAAUCUUACUGAGCCUGCCUAGGCCCUCACCCUGCAGUCAGGAAGUUCGGAAGAUGAGACCCUUCAGCUCUGAGGUUUCCCUAAACCAUCCCUGUGUCAUGGCAGCCCAUCUGCAUCCCAUCUGCAUCUUCCUCCUGACCUUGUUCGGCAUGGCCCAAGGCUUCAGGGGCCCUUCGGUGCCCAACCAGCCCUUCAUCACCAUAUGGAAUGCAAACACCCAGUGGUGCCUGCAGAAGCACAACGUGGAUGUGGAUGUCAGUGUUUUUGAUGUGGUAGCCAACCCAGGACAGACCUUCCGUGGCCCUAACAUGACCAUUUUCUACAGUUCCCAGCUCGGCACCUACCCCUACUACACAUCCACUGGGGAACCCGUGUUUGGUGGCCUGCCUCAGAAUGCCAGUCUGGAUGUCCACCUGGCCCACACAUUCCAGGACAUCCUAGCUGCAAUGCCUGAGUUCAACUUCUCAGGGCUGGCAGUUAUUGACUGGGAGGCAUGGCGCCCACGCUGGGCCUUCAACUGGGACACCAAGGAUAUUUAUCGGCAGCGCUCACGGGCACUGGUACAGGAGCAGCACCCCCACUGGCCAGCGCCUCGGGUGGAUGCAGCAGCCCAGGACGAGUUCCAGGGAGCUGCACGGGCAUGGAUGGAGGGAACUCUCAAGCUGGGGCAGGCACUGCGGCCUCAUGGCCUCUGGGGCUUCUAUAACUUCCCUGACUGCUACAACUAUGACUUUCUAAGACCCAACUACACAGGCCAGUGCCUGCCGGACAUCCGUGUCCAGAAUGACCAGCUGGGAUGGCUGUGGAACCAAAGCUAUGCCCUCUACCCCAGUAUCUACAUGCCUGCGGUGCUGAAGGGCACAGGAAAGUCACAGAUGUUCGUGCGGCACCGUGUGGGUGAGGCAUUCCGUGUGGCCGAGGGUGUUGGGAACCCUGAUCUGCCAGUGCUGCCUUACCUCCAGAUCUUCUAUGAAAUGACAAAUCAUUUUCUGCCCCUGGAUGAGCUGGAGCACAGCCUUGGGGAGAGUGCAGCCCAGGGUGCAGCCGGAGUGGUACUCUGGGUGAGCUGGGAGAACACAAGAACCAAGGAAUCUUGCCAAGCCAUCAAGAAGUAUGUGGACACCACACUGGGACCAUUUAUCCUGAAUGUGACCAGUGGGGCUCUUCUGUGCAGUCAAGCCCUGUGCUCAGGCCAUGGCCGCUGUACCCGGCGCCCCAGCCAUCCUGAGGCCCUCCUCUUCCUCAACCCCGCCAGUUUCUCCAUCUAUCGAAGGCCUAAUGGUGGACCCCCAACCCUACAUGGUGACCUCUCACUUGAAGAUCUGAUGCGGAUGGCUGUGGAGUUCAAAUGUCGCUGCUACCGCGGCUGGAGGGGAGCAUGGUGUGAGCAGCAGGACGUGUGGUGACUGACCACACACUGGGAUGCACACUUCCAGCACCUAAUGCACUCUGGGCCUGGCCACAACUUUCUUAAGACACAGUCACACAAGUGAUGAUCAUAAUCAAGAGUAUACUCAGCCUCAGUCAUGAGCCUAUGCCCUGUAAAUGCACACAUGCUCACGGACCAAGGGAGUAGCAUUAAGAGUUAGUGUCACAGGCAGACACCAUCCACUCUGUUCAGACAUUCACCUGGCAGGGUCAGAAACAUCUCCAGAGACACUCAGCCAGUCUUUAAACCACAGCAACCACCAGAACUGAUAUUCACCGAGUGCCUACUUUUAACGACUAAGUCCAAUGCUGAGCAUUUUCAAGUAGGCUAACUCAGUCCCUCCUACCACAGCACUAUGAGGAAACGGAGGUAAAAACAGAAGGGUCAGCCCUUUGCCUAAGAUCGCACAGCCAGAAAAAGGAGAAGCUGCAAAAUCAAACCCAAUCGGUCUGGUUACCGAGGUAGAAUCUUUGCGCUCCUACCGUGUGCAGAUGGUAAGCUGCCCUAAUCUAAUCUAAUCAGCGUCACCAGCCACGACAAUAAAGCAGACGUGAUUCUUACUUCAAGGGCUGUUUAUUGGGUGCCAAAAAUGUAUGCGCGCCGGGAUCCAGAGGGUGCAGGACAGGCACGACUCUAUCACUCAGAUCUGUUCUCUGUUCGAGAGCAGUUGCUUCCAGGUGGGGCCCAAGUUUUAGGAGGAAGCUCGACCCGCGAGCUUCCACGCUGGACUGACGGGGGCAGGAGGCCAGCGGGAGGCAGGACAAAGACGAGC